AUGAGUGGAUAUUUGCCUGGGUCUACGAGACAAAUCCACGAAACCCAAGCGGAUGGCUCUAUUCAUGCAGUCUCAAUUGAUCUCACAAAAGGAGAGGGCAAGAUUGGUGAAUAUGAUAUUGGACGCAUCCCAACGUCUAAUCCCAAGGCCGAGUCCGAGUUAUUGUACAAAAUGAGACUUAUACGUCAGAAACUUGCAAUUGGUGUGGAAAUCGGAUGGUCUGAAAAUCAUGCAAGAAAUAAUAGCUUCCCUAUUAUUGAUUAUUACCAACAACGACAUCAAAUUAAGGAAAUAACCAACAACAACAUCAAAUCCAGUCAGGAACGCAUUCGUACUUAUAAUAACGCAGAAACAAAGCGAAUAAUAUAUUUGUAUCGAUACGUCAAUACAUAUCGAGAUAGCUAUGGAAAAGCGGCUGAAAAAGGAAAUCCUACCACACAAUAG